CAGGCAGGUAUGUAUGAGAGAAUCUGGAGAGGCGGUGUGUGCGUUUGUUUUGCGGUGCGGGUGAAGAUGGCGUCGGGCAGGAAGGGCGGCGGGGGCGGCAGACUGGAGAAAGGUGUGAACGGCCGACGCUCGUCCAAACUCAAAGAGACGCCAGUGGCCGCCUGAGUCAUAUGACUGUUGAACGACAGUAGAAAACGAUCCAGUACCGAGAAGAGACCGCCGCCGAGAGAAAUGCCCCUCUUCAACCUCCUCCUCCCCCCUGCGGCAGAAACGAGCAUCCGCCAGCCGCAGCCUCUGUGUUACCGUUAGUUGUAGCAGUGUCGUAGCGUAGUAAUGUCCUAGUCGUCGCCUUGGUAGAUUCUUAAAACUACACGUGUGUGUGUGUGUGUGUGUGUGUGUGUGUGUGUGUUCGUUCACGCGUUGUGAUUUAUGUUGACUCUCCACCAUGCCCCGUGCCCUCAAGUCUCAGCCGCGGACACUGACGGCGCCCACCUGAACAGUGAUGGACACCAAGGCGGUGUUUGCGGCCCUGUACAGCGUCUGCGAAGAAAAUGCCACGUUCUUCUCACGCGGAGCCAAGGGGUCGCAGGGUGACGCGGCGCGGCGGCUGCUGGAGUCGAUGAACCUGAUCCAGGAGCAUGCCCGCGGCCUGGAGCCGGUCAUCUCUGGCUUCGCUUUAGUUUAUCAUCACUUUGACUUUGAUCCACACAUACCUGCUAACGGCUAUCGUUCACUGGUCAAGGUGGUGCGUUGCUGCCUGCUGCACAUCAUCCACAAGGGACGCUACAUUUUUGCCAAUCGCCGCAGCAUCUUCUUCCGCGUAGCGCACAACGCAGGGGAGAUGGAGGCAUACUGCAACGCUCUGUGUCAGCUGCGUGCCCUGCUCUACUUGGCACAGCGCAUGCUGCAUGACAACAGCUAUGGCGACCUGUUCUUCCAGGAUGAAAGUGGCCUCAGCGAGAGCUUUGUCCGCGAAUACUCCUCCAUGCACAAGGGCUGCUUCUAUGGCCGCUGCCUGGGCUUUCAGUUUACUCCAUCCAUCCGGCCCUGUCUCCAGACCAUCGCUAUCGGCCUUGUGGCCUUUGGAGAAAACUACAAGCGCCAUCAGUCAGGAAUAGGUGUUGCAGCCAGCUCUCUCUUUACCUCAGGCAAGUACGCCAUUGACCCAGAGUUGAGAGGGGCAGAAUUUGAACGCAUCACCCAGAACCUGGACGUUCACUUUUGGAAGACCUUCUGGAACAUUACGGAGACUGAGGUCCCGUCUAGUCUUGCCAGUAUGACGUCCACUCAGGUUAAGGUGAACCGGGCUCUUUCUGUGCCCGCCGUGUCCUUUGACCUUCCCUUGGCGGCCGACCACAGAGCAUUUGUAACUAUUGCUCCACCGUCAGCACACAUCGGUGCUGCUCCGGUUCUGAUGAGGCUCAUCUCUUAUGACCUGCGUGAAGGACAGGACAGUGAAACUCUACUAUCUCUCUCCCGCUCUGAGGGGGGCGCCAUCUCUCUGUCACUGGGGUUGAAAGCCAAGCGCCUCCCCUCUUCUCCCUGCCUGCUGCUCCACUUCCACGGGGGAGGCUUUGUGGCCCAGACCUCCAAGUCCCAUGAGCCCUAUCUGAAGAGCUGGUCCCAGGACCUUGGUGUCCCCAUCUUGUCAGUGGACUACUCCCUGGCCCCCGAGGCCCCCUUCCCGAGGGCAUUGGAGGAGUGUUUCUAUGCCUACUGCUGGGCUCUGAGAAACCACCACCUACUAGGAUGGACUGGAGAGAAAAUAUGUCUGGCUGGGGACAGUGCGGGAGGCAAUUUGUGUCUGACGACAUCGAUGCGAGCUGCUGCCUUUGGUGUGCGAAUGCCAGAUGGCAUCGUGGCAGCCUACCCGGCUACCCUGCUGACUGCCUACGCAUCCCCCUCCCGUCUGCUAACACUUAUAGAUCCCCUGCUGCCGCUCAGUGUACUCUCCAGGUGUCUCAGUGCCUACGCAGGCACUGAGCCACAGACCGAGAUGCAGGUGGAGAAGGCGAGCACGCUGAGCCUGGUGAGGAGAGACACGGCGCUGUUGCUGCGAGAUUUCCGACAGGGAGCCUCCAACUGGAUCCACUCUCUGCUGGAUAACAACCGAGCCUCGGCUUCCCCCAGCACAGCUGCAGAGGCGCCACCAGGAGCCACUGAUGCAGUGAGGAAGAGCAUUUCAGAGGCGUCCAUCUCUUCCCCUCACGCCGACCCCCCUGUGCCCUCGGAGACCGCAGAUUUCCCCACCAGGAAAUUAUCUGUGAAGAGCCAGACUUGCCAGGACUUGGGAUCUCACAGCGGUUCCACUCUGCACAGCGCACCGCUGCUCUCUGAGCGCACCCCAGAAGAUGUGAAUUUCUUCCUCUCGGAAGAUGCGACUCCCUCCCUGUGCAGUGACCUGUCCUCGGUGGCCAUACCACCACCUGCUGGGGACAAGGGAUCGGAGCGGGGCAGGGAGUUUCCCCGGGGCUUUGAACCGCUGCGUUCAAAACAGCCAUCUGAGAUGAAGAUGCAGAGCUCCCCGGUGGUCAAAGAUCCCUUUUGCUCACCUCUCCUGGCCCCUGAUAGCAUGCUGAAAGGGCUUCCACCUGUACAUAUAGUGGCUUGUGCACUAGACCCCAUGCUGGAUGACUCUGUGAUGUUCGCCAAGCGUUUGAGGAGCUUGGACCGCCCCGUCACCCUGUGCGUGGUGGACGACCUCCCCCACGGCUUCCUCAGCCUGUCCCAACUCUCCAAGGAGACGCGAGAGGCGGCCAAUGUCUGCGCGGAGCGAAUACGCGCCGUCUUCACCCUGGAGGACACGUCCCCAGAGCCUCGCAAGCACCGGAAGCUGGAACGGACCGAUAGGGGUGUGUCCGCCUCUUCUGGGGAAGCCGCCUCCCUCUCUGUCGGCCCCAACGAGGAAGGGGAGCAAGCUGUCGGCAAUGGGGUCAAAAUGUCUGAUGGGGAGGGCUUAGUUUCUGUGGCAGCCCAGAGUAACGCAGACGCGGGUGGUGUUGGGGCUUAAAUGAGAUUAGAUUAAAAAAUAACAAAACAAGUACUGCAAUUCACUUGAGGAGUGAAGGGAGAAAGAGUCAAUGAAAGUCAGUCAGAUGUAGGCAGUGCACUACUGCCUACGGGGGGAGAGAGAAACUUGUGAAGGAAUUUGUCUGUAGGAGAACGUCCAGGUUUAAAGACAGAAAUGUAACUUCCUCUGCUUCUUGUUCAUGCACCAACGCAAGAGUUGGCAGUCAAACAUGAACACGCCCACAAAACACAGUCGUGUUUUGAGAAUAAAAUGCUAAUUUAAUAGCCACUUAGAUCAAAGACCAGCUUUCACCCACACGUACUGUAGCACACAUAAUUAACAGAGCUGCUGCUCGGCUGCAGGUCCGGGCUUUAAGCAGCGCAGAAAAUUCCGGGGCACGGUGCACGGCUGUCUUCUGGGGCCCUGGUACCACGGCAGUCGACAUACUAUAUGCUUCUGUAUAGAGUCAUUCCUGUCACAAUGGCCACUUGUCCUUUAGGGAGCAAGUCUGAAUCACAACUUAAUAACACCGCACUGUGUUCUCCGUUACGGCGGUCUGGCAGUUGAUACCACUCACUUUGUGGAUAAUAACUCUGUUGACUCUCCCAAAUAGAAUUAAAUGGUUAAAAUGCAACAAAAAAGGCCCCAAACUAGUGAUUUACUUAUAUCAUGAGAUUCUGUUAAAGUUUUUUAUCAUAUUAUUAACCCUAUGCAGUAGUUUUACUUCUAUUAUUUAUAUAUUUUAUCUAUUGCUGUUGUAUUAUCCCUAAAUCAUCUUCCGCUAUAUGUUGAUUUUGUGUUUAUUCCACAUUUUUGAAUGUGUUUCAAUAUUUACAUCUGUAGCCACAGCUGCUCUGACAUCCCUGGAUUUCCAAUUACACUGGCGCCCCAUCCUCCUUGAUACUGAUGGAAUGGAGUCAAUGUGGAGUAUUGCAUAGCAAUAGUCUCCCAUGCAGAUGCUGCCUGGUGCUUUUUUUCUGUCGCUGAUAUUAUUAAUGCAAAUAUUACAAUUUAUUGAUUGCCAUGGUGGAAUUCGUGGAGAUGCACUGAGACGCAUUGUUUUUCGGGACAAAAAAAAAAAGUAAUGCUUGAAAUCUUUGUCCGUACAAACCUUUAAGGGGCCUCAUCAGCAAUCAUAGCUCUGAGAUGCCAGAGAGAGGCAAGAAUUUUACGUUUUAAUUUUCAAGAAAUGUUGCUUACUGGUGUAAAAGAGAGUGGGAGGAGGGGCUCAGCCCUCAGCUAUCAAUACAUAUUUUAAACUUCACUGCACUGACUUUCCGCCCAGGUUGUUCCUGUUCCUCGCCAGGUGUUAUUGUUCACCACUUUUCUACACAGUAUGCACUGUGUCAAAGUACCACUUCUGUCAGGCCAGGGGAUUUCCUGCCCGACAACCAUUUUCCACAGAUCAGAUGCUCUUAGGGAAAAGCUUGAGGACACUGGACCCCCCCAAAAAAAGAGAGAUUGCAUGAGUGCUGUGUAAAAACCACACAACUGAUAUUUGGCCAGCUGAAGUCCAGAUUUUUCUUUCCUGCCCCAUCACAUUUGGGGUUUACAUUGUUUUCAAUAACCCGAGGACGCUCGUCUGAGCGUGAUGCCACCCAAGCACUUUGAAGUGCACAAAAAUGUCCUUCUCAGGGUCAGUCUCUCUGUCGGGUCCUACUAAAUAUAGAUCACGCCAACAAUGCUGGCACUGUCCUACCCUCGCCUGGUAACAGUGCUGGGGUUGCCAGGUCUGAGAUAGAUGCUGUGUGAUGAAUAGGAUUUAGCCGAAGCUCUUGAGUGCAAAAAUCCUCCCUCCUGUAGAUGAGCGGGAUUUUCGGCGCAGCAGAGUCAUGCUACGGGAUUAAGCCGCACUAACUACUGUCAGCUCCGAGUACUUGUCCGAGUGCAAUAUUUUCAGUCAGAUUGAUGGAGAGAAGCAGGGCUGUAAAGAGGAAGAAAGUAAUACGCUAAUUCUCCCAGAUAUGCCAGGUGGAAGUUUUACUAGCCGCCGCUGUUUAUGCUCACUCUGCACUUUCACAGUGCGGAAAAAUCGACGGCCUUUGAGGGGCCCCCAGUUGGAUUGGUCAUCAGGAAUUUCUUGUACGAAUUAUGCCUGAAAGAAAACUAGGGCUGCAACUAGCUAAUUAUCGAUUUUUUUCUCGAUUGGUUGUUUGGUCCAUAAAAUGUCAUAAAAUGAUGAAAAAUGUUGAUUUUGUUUCACAAAACCCGAAGAUGAUUAUUUGUUUUGUCCACACAACAAAGAUAUUCAGUUUACUGUCAUAGAGGAGCAAAGAAAAACAGAAAAAGCUGAAAUCUGAGAAUUUUGACUUUUUUCCAUAAAAACUGGAGAAGUGUCAGAUUCAUUAACUUGGUGUGUUUUGACCCUCAACAUGCAUCAGGCGGUGGACCAGAGUCUGUGUCGUGGUGGUGGUGUUAUUUUUUUUUGGACGGAUGAGUUUGCCAGUGUUACAGUGUUGUUGUUCCACUGACGCUCAUGUGCUGCCCGCAACUGUGAGCAGAGAUGUUUGAUUCCGUACCGUUUGAAUCAGUGUUUUGAUGCUUCGCGGCGUCUGUGUGAGGGAGGAAUCCACAGGGCGUCGUCGUGAGUAGAAACUAGUAUUUUUUGGUUCCGUGUCGUACAGCAUACCUCUACUGUAUUUAAAGCUGCUCUCACUACAGAGUCUCUUUGGCCCAAGUUGGCUGUGAUGAAGUGCAAUGCAAAAGAAAUGCAAACGCUGCUGCAAACAUGGGCCAGUUGGCUCAACCUUUAGGUCAACAUCACACCAGCAUCUCACCAUUUUUGUUCUUGUCUCUGUUUUAAUUGGUUGUGUUGCUUCUUCCUUGUCGUACGAUGUGUUUGAAUCACCUCCAGGUUGGACUUCGUAGUUAGCAUAUCAAUGUACAUAUCGCAUAUCUCGUUCUGCAGUGGAUUUAACAUGAUUCCGUGAAGCGUGAUAGUUUCACCGCUGCCUCCGUGUGUGUUAGACCGACCUCAACCACUGUCUUGUGAGAAACGCUCAUUUCAUCCAUCAGUUGGCCAUAUUUCAUUCAUGGUUAAUUUCAGGAUGAACCAAAGACUGCAGGAGGAAUCUUGUAACCUGUGAUGUACUGUCCUCGCUGUUAACUGGUAUCUUAGAAGAUGAAGGGGCGAGUCGGUGUCAUAGACCGCCUCUACCCUAUAUGCAAACUGCUCGGCACUGUAAAAUGCAAUGUAGAAUAUGAAUACCCUUAAAAAAAACAACAAGCCAUAGACUGGAGUUUUUUUGUUGUUUUACUAUUUUAUUUUAUUUUAUCGAAAAAACACCACAAGUGCAAACCUGUGAAUUAAAAAAAGAAAAGAAUGUAUAUUAAAUAUUAUGAUUCAUGUAGAUAUUUUUACUUUCAGAUAUGUUAAUCAGAUUGAUUGCAUUUUUUUUUUACUGCAUUUUCUUUGCAGGUUUCAUACUAGACUGAUGUGUCUGAUAUGCCACAUACAAUAGGCUGGUCUCUUAUUCUUCUGUUGAUUUCUUUUUUUAAAAAUCGAAAUAAAUAUAUUCUCCCAUGAA